AUGGAGAAGGCCUACGCGCAGCUUCACGGCCGCUACUCCGCCCUCUGCGGCUGCCUGGCCACCCACGGCGCGGCGGACGGCGCGGGUGACGCUGAGGGCGACGCCGGCUGCCCUGGGGGAGGCGGCGGCGGCGGCGGCGGCAGUGCUGCGGGCGGCAGCGUGGCGGCUGCGCUGGUGGAUCUGACCGGUGGAAUCCCCCUGAAGAUCAAGGUGGAUGAGGAGGCGGGGCGUGUGCCGUGCAACAGCGGGAUGAGUCACGACGAUGUGGGGGAAGACCCCCUCGGCGCCCUCUUCCUCCGCCUGCGGGGCCUGCUGGCCUCUGGCGCCAUACUCUGUUGCCAGCGCAAGGCGCGCCAGGCACCUGACAGCUGGCAGCCCCCCGGGCAGCAGGACGAGGAGGGGGCCGGCCCGCCGGAGGGGCGGGCCGGCGUUGGUUGGGAGGGGCUGACCUCCGGCGGCGCGGGCGUGGUUUGUGAGGGCGUGGGCGUUGGGGUCUGCCUGGCGCCCAACGGGCUGUGGCGCGGGGUGCCCUAUGCGCUGCUGGAAGCCAGAGAGGUCCCCGCAGCUGGAGCUGCGAGACCCGACUGCUCUGCUGCGUUCGAGCGCGGGUUCGGCUUUGAGGGGCGCGGCGCGGGCGGCGGCGGCGGCGGCGGCGGCGGCCCGGCGGCGCGCCUGCUGCGCCUCGCCUGCCCCAUACCGGGCGGCGGGUGGCGCGGGCCGUGGGCUGGGGACGGCGAGGAUCGGGCGGCCGGCGGCGCGGCGGGCGCAGCGGCUCAGGGAGCUGGCAACCCUGGAGAGUUCUGGAUUGAAAUCGGGUGA